AUGCAUAUUUCCACCGUAGAGGGUAAGGUUUCCACAAAAAAAUUAUUUUUUCGUAAGAUAAUAUCAAAGAUACGAAAUGAAACGUUGCUUAUGUCCAAAUUGUGUGCAAAAUUUAAAGAAAGUCGGAGCGUCGGAAUUGGAUUACUUCCCUUGUAAAUUUCAUAGCGCUGUCAAUUCAGCUUCCUCAAAGAUCAAAGCCCGAUACGCGGCCGAAAUGGGAAUUCCAACUUCGGAUUUUUCACGAUUUCUCCAAGCCCUCCAAGGCUUGAUCAUCCAGAGUAUAGAAUACGACAACACCCAGCCCUACCAACCCCAACGUAUACCUCAAGCCAUAAACACCUCCCCAUCACUGCUGACCAUGGGUCACACGAUCAAAAGAAGACCUUGA